ACGCUGGGCGGAGGCGCAGGCGCAGAAAGCCCAGCCACCCGUCUGGCGAAGCCCCUGAGGCGCACGCGCAUGGAGGGGUGCGCGACCCCCUCGGGAGAGGCCCGCGCGCGCCUCACCCCCGCGGUGCUGUGCCGCGGCCCCGUGGAGCCGCUCGUCUUCCUCGCCAACUUCGCUUUGGUCCUGCAGGGCCCGCUCACUACGCAGUACUUGUGGCACCGCUUCAGUGCCGACCUCGGCUACAAUGGGACCCGCGACAGGCCCGGCUGCAGCAACCACAGCACGGACCCCGUCAUGAAGGAAGUGGAGACCCUUACCUCCCACUGGACCCUCUACAUGAACCUGGGCGGCUUCCUGGUGGGGCUGUUCUCGUCCACCCUGCUGGGUGCCUGGAGUGACUGCGUGGGCCGCCGUCCCCUACUGGUGCUGGCCUCCCUGGGCCUCUUGCUGCAGGCGCUGGUGUCCAUCUUCGUGGUGCAGCUGCAGCUCCACGUGGGCUACUUCGUGCUGGGCCGGAUCCUUUGCGCACUACUGGGGGACUUCAGUGGCCUGCUGGCUGCAGGCUUUGCCUCGGUGGCGGAUGUUAGCUCCAGCCGCAGCCGCACCAUUCGAAUGGCCCUGCUGGAGGCAUGCAUUGGGGUGGCAGGGAUGCUGGCCAGUCUCCUUGGGGGCCACUGGCUCAGGGCCCAGGGUUAUGCUAACCCCUUCUGGCUGGCCUUGGCCUUGUUGAUAGCCAUGACUCUCUAUGCAGCCUUCUGCUUUGGUGAGACGGUAAAGGAGCCAACACCUGCACGGCUCUUCACGCUCCGCCAUCACCGGUCCAUUGUCCAGCUGUAUGCGUCUCCGGCCCCAGAGAAGUCCAGGAGACACUUAGCCCUGUACUCUUUGGCCAUCUUCAUGGUAGUUACUGUGCACUUUGGAGCCCAGGACAUCCUGACCCUCUACGAGCUGAGCAGACCCCUCUGCUGGGACUCCAAGCUGAUCGGCUACGGUUCUGCCGCGCAGCAUCUGCCAUACCUCACCAGCCUGGUGGGCCUGCGGCUCCUGCAGCACUGCCUGGCCGACACCUGGGUGGCCGAGAUUGGCCUGGCCUUCAACAUUCUGGGAAUGGGGGUCUUUGCGUUUGCUACCAUCACCCCUCUCAUGUUUACAGGGUAUGGACUCCUGUUCCUGUCCUUAGUCAUCACACCCAUCAUUCGGGCCAAGCUCUCCAGGCUGGUGGGCGAGUCAGAGCAGGGUGCUCUCUUUUCUGCUGUGGCCUGUGUCAAUGGCUUGGCCAUGCUGAUGGCUUCUGGCAUCUUCAACUCGCUCUACCCAGCCACCUUGAACUUCAUGAAGGGGUUCCCCUUCCUCCUGGGAGCCGCCCUCCUCUUCAUCCCGGCCAUUUUGAUUGGGGUGCUGGAAAAGGCUAAUCCUCACCCUGAAUUCCAGCAGUUUCCUCAGAGCCCCUGAUCCGCCUGCACCGGAGACAGAGGGCAAAGGGAGCGAAGCGAACACAAAGCAACCCCAAGUAUGCAUCUGGAUCCCGGCCCGCGCGACACGGGCACCGCCCCUCAGAGGGCGCGCAUCUGCCUCGGACAGGGUGGUCCAGCUAGACGGCUGUGCCAGCCCAGGACUUCAACCUAGGCUUGGAACCCAGACGGUCCUACUCCAGGAGGCAGUGGGGGAGCCAUUUUUAACGGGGGUGGGUGCCCCCUUCCUACCAGCAGUCACACGGAACCCUCCAGGAGAGUGGAGGUCCCGACGGAGGGACACCUCAGGGAGCAGCUGAAGCGCAAGGGCUGGCAUCUCUGGCAUCUCUGCUUCAGCCCAGAUCGCACAGCUCACCGGGCCAUUUCUGGGGCGCAGCCACCAGUAGUCCCUCAGUGACGGAUGUGGUUCUGAGGGGAAGGCUGUGGCAGGGCUGGGUGCCCUCUGGGGGAGGGUGCUGCCAUUUGGGGCUGGGAUCGACCCUCUGAACUUAGCAAUGCCAAUCACAAUAAAUCCAAAGAAUCACA